AUGAUUCGGCCGGUCCCUGGAUUUAAAUACAUCGGACCCUACUACUACGCGGGACUAACAGGCUCAUGGCACGGUGCUUCCCUGCAUACAACAUGCCCACUUGGCAGAGACGCCCCCACAAGGGCUAACCCCGCAGGAAGUACACAGGACGCCGAGAAAUUUAGAUUCACUAAGGAUCGUGAGCAUUUCGGCCGCUGGCUGGUGUCUGACCACAGGGAGCAACAUCCACUGCUUGGCGUUACUGACAGCACAGGAGCCAAGAGCAACGGCCAAGAGCCGGCGAGCAGCAAUGAUGUCGAUGUGCACAUAGUCAACAAAUAUUCCGUCACAAAGGGUGAGCUGCAUCUUGCCUACUACGGGCACUCAAGCUUAGACCCAUCCACAAUUUUCACAGCUAAACCCCAUGUCUGGCUCUAG